UUAUUUGUGGCAGCGACACAUGGACAUUUGGAGGUUGUGAAAAUUUUACUCGAGGCGGAGGCAAAUCCCAAUCGGAAAUCCAAGCCUUUCGAGCAAACGCCUCUCCUCACGGCCGUGAUUAAUGGAAGGAUGGGGGUCGUGGAGCUAUUGCUCGGAAACUUGGAGGUGGAAGUGAACUCGGCUGGCAGCGGAAAAAAUGAGACACCAUUGCAUCUAGCCGUGCAAAAAUCUCAAGAGGAUGUAAUAGCAUGUUUCCUCGACGAUGGACGAGUGGACGUGAAUGUACAGAGCUCCAGUAAUCGGACACCUCUUCACCUGGCUGCGCGACGGGGAAUAUCGGGAAUCGUGAAACUUCUCCUCAACCAUCAUCGAACCGAUGUGAACUUGACAGAUAACAAAGGUGAGACACCGUUACAUUCGGCAAUCCGUCGGAACCACACAGCAGUCGUGGAAAUGCUU